CUCGCCGUGAAUGGCAAAAACGCUCAGCUGUUUCGGCCUUGUUUACAUAAAAAAUUUUCAAUUUAUUUCUUUUUCCAUUUUGGCCCCAUACAUAAUACACUCUAUUGCUUUCUUGGCAACAGCAAUUUACCCAGACAUGCGCGCUACAGCGAAAGUGCGCGUUAGGCACAAGAAUCUAUUGCACGGGCCUGAAUGCGCUAACCUUGGCCAACCAAAAUUCAACCUGGACGUUGUCAGUUGCAGUGCAAUCUCCUCCUCGCAUUAACGAAUUGGCCGAGUGUGUGGUGCCACUAAUGAUAAACAACGCUUAUGUAAAAACGAGUGGAAUAUACAAGAAAUUAGCCAAUCCACGGAUAUAAAUCUUUAUAUAUACAACAGACGCAUAUCAAAAACAAAUUGAGUGUUCACCAUGCUGAUGGCAAUUUAUGCAAGUUUAAGGCGAAUUCGGCCAGAUCACGUGAAUUUGACUGCCACGCGUUGUCUGUGGCAAUGUCAUAGACAAGAAAGGUACCUGCCGCGGAUCAUCUAUGGCCGACAUGCGUACAUAUUGUCCGUGCGGCCGUUUGUGCAGGCCCCCGAGGCGCGCCCCUUGCCCGAUGAUAGAUCAUUGCCGGGACUGCAGCAGCAGCAGCCGCCGCACAAAGAGCCGGAGCAGCAGCAGCAGCAGGAGGAGGAACAGAAGAAGCAACAACAGCAGCAGCAGACACAGACGCAGCCAGAGGCACAGCAAAAGAACUCCACACAGCAGACAAGCACACUGCAGGUAACUUUAUCGACUGACAGCAUUAGGCAGACGGCGGAGAGGGAGCUCAAGCCACAGGACGGUCGUACGCCGGACCGGGAGCCCCCGAAUAUGGCGAAUAUGUCAUCCGGCGUCGAGAUACCAUAUCCCAUCGAUUGGAUAUUUCCCCGGCUGCGCAAUCCAUCCAGACUCUGGCUCAUCACCAGCCAAUUGGUGGUCACCAUCGUUGGCAUCAUCAGCAAAUUUGUUCUGAUUCUCAUGAACAAAACUCAAGUGUACAACAAGGAGCGUCUGAUGAAGGCAGUGGCCAAGCGGCCAAAGGGCAUACCCUUGGUAACGGUGUCCAAUCACUACUCCUGCUUUGAUGAUCCCGGUAUUUGGGGCAUGCUGCCCAUGCGCUAUGUCUGCAACACGUUUCGCAUUCGCUGGUCAAUGGCGGCGCACGAUAUUUGCUUCACCAAAAAGAUUCAUGCCAUGUUCUUUAUGUACGGUAAAUGCAUACCUGUGGUGCGUGGCAAUGGCGUUUACCAGGAAGCCAUUAAUCUGUGCAUCGAAAAGUGCGCUUUGGGGCAAUGGGUGCACGUCUUUCCCGAGGGCAAGGUGAACAUGACCAAGGAGGAGAUGCGUCUCAAAUGGGGUGUCGGGCGCAUUAUCUAUGAGUCGCCGCGCAUACCCAUCAUUGUGCCCAUGUGGCACGAGGGCAUGGACAGCGUGUUGCCCAACGUGGAGCCUUACAAGCUGCAGUGGGGAAAGAAGGUCACCGUCAACAUUGGUGAGCCGCUCGACUUGAAUGACUUCGUGCAGGGACUCAAGGAUACGCGAGUCCCGGAGCCGGUGGCCCGCAAACUCAUCACGGACAAAAUACAAGACGCCUUUAGGGAUCUGCGUAACGAAACGGAGAGAUUACAUGGAGAGCGCGCUUAGCUCGGGAUAGUCAUGCUGUAGCAAAGAAAACUCAAUGAAAG